UUUGCUAAAAAAACAAACUCUCUUAAGCUUUCAUAAUCUCUGAUCGAUUCUCUAUCCUUCCUUUUCUCUAUAGCUCUAUAGCUCUAUAGCUCUAUAGCCAUGCCAUCUCUAUCAGACCAUUUUGAGUUUGAGACAGUGAGAGAAGUUCCUGAAUCCCAUGCAUGGACAUCCUUAGAUGAUCAUCCUUCCGGUGAAGCCACCGGCCAUGACAAACUCCCUCUCAUCUCCCUCUCAAACUCCUCCGAUGAUGAUGAUAACACCAAAUUCCUACUCCGGCAUGCAUGCCAACACUUUGGUGUCUUCUAUGUCACCGGUCACGGCAUCUCUACCAAUCUAUUAUCCGAGCUUGAGCUCCAAACUCGCCGUCUUUUCUCUCUUCCCACUAACCAAAAACUCAAGGCCGCUCGUCCACCGGACGGCCUCUCUGGCUAUGGACUCGCUCGUAUAUCCUCCUUCUUCUCGAAACUUAUGUGGUACGAAGGAUUUACUAUCUCCGGCUCUGUUCUCCAUCACGCUCGCCAACUCUUCCCUGAUGAUUAUUUCCGCUUCUGCGAAACUAUAGAAGAGUAUGGGAAAGAGAUGCAAAAACUCGCGGAGAAAAUUAUUCGACUAAUGAUAAGCUCAUUAGGUGUCAAAGAAGAAGAGCUGAAUUGGAGUAAAGAUCUCUCCGGAGUGUUUCAGCUGAACUCUUAUCCGGCGUGCCCGGACCCUGAUAAGGCGAUGGGCCUCGCCGCGCAUACUGACUCUAGUCUUCUUACUAUUCUUCACCAGAGUGGCACAAGUGGUCUCCAAGUUCUCCGGAAGGAAGACGGGCAUGGCCCGACACGGUGGGUCACUGUUCCACCAGUUGCCGGAGCUCUCAUCGUUCAUGUUGGUGAUCUUUCUCAUAUCCUUUCCAAUGCACGUUUUCAUAGUGUUCUUCACCGUGCCAUUGUUAAUCGGUAUCGGCACCGAUACUCUAUGGCUUAUAUCUGUGGUCCUCCACCGGAGGUUAAGGUAAAACCAUUGAAUUCUUUAAAUGAAUCUCCGGUGUUCCGGCCGAUGACUUGGCCAGAGUAUCUCAGUCUCAAAGGGAAGCUCUUCAACCAAGCAUUACAUUCCAUUAGAGUGACAAGUGAUGAUGAGAAGUUCAAGUUCAUGCAUGGUCCAUGAGUUGAGUUUAUGUUUGUUGCGUGUGUGAUUGUGUGUGUGUGUGUGGUUAUGAUAGAAACAUUUUGGGUCUUUUUGUUUGUGAUACACUGAUACUCUUGGUAGUGUUGUUGUGAGAGAAGUAAACAAAAACAAAGAAGAGAGUGAAGGAAGAGCACAAAAUUAAGGAAGCAAUCAAAUCAAAAGUAAAUGAAACUAGUUGUGCAUGCAAACAAAACGUCAUUGUUGUGAAUGAAAACAAAGCGCCAAAGGAUAGAAGAAUUGAGGGAGGAGAGAGUGAGAA